GAAACAUACACUUCUCUGAGAUUUAAUCAACCGGCAGAGAGCUUUUCCUUAACAAUUAUUUCUGCAGCGCUUACACAGCUGGACUAUCAGAUGGUUCAAUGUUCAAGCCACUGCGGGCCUGGACUAAAGGGGACUAUUUCUAGACUAUUUUCUGGAUUUUUAAGACUGCAAUCAUAAUGCCUUAUUUUUCCAAACUGCUUUUUUUACUUUUUUGCCUGAUUCUUACUUCUGAGAGCCGAAAGCAAAUGACGACGAGAUGGACAGGUCCCACGGAAACACUAAAGCAUGGCAUUGCUUUAUCAAAGAAGACCCAUGAUGGAACAAAAACGAAAAAAAUUAAGACUGAACAGCUUCUCAGAGUGGACGACUUUGAUUUUAGUAUGAGACCCGCGUUUGCAGGUCCUGCCAUUCCUGUUGGGGUCGAUGUUCAGGUUGAAAGUUUGGACAGUAUUUCAGAAGUAGAUAUGGACUUCACCAUGACACUUUACCUGAGACAUUACUGGAAAGAUGAGCGCCUUUCCUUUCCCAGCACCAGCAACAAAAGCAUGACUUUUGACGGCAGACUUGUCAAGAAGAUCUGGGUCCCAGACGUGUUUUUUGUCCACUCCAAGAGGUCCUUUAUCCACGACACCACUACGGACAACAUCAUGUUGCGGGUCUUUCCUGAUGGACAUGUGCUGUACAGCCUGAGGGUCACCGUGACAGCUAUGUGUAACAUGGACUUCAGUCGCUUCCCCCUUGACACUCAAACUUGCUCGUUGGAGCUGGAAAGUUAUGCCUACACAGAUGAAGAUCUCAUGCUUUACUGGAAGAACGGUGAAGAGUCUUUAAAAAUAGAUGAAAGAAUAUCCUUGUCUCAGUUUCUUAUACAGAAGUUUCAUACUACCUCCAGACUAGCAUUCUACAGCAGUACAGGUUGGUACAACCGUCUGUACAUCACCUUCACGCUCAGGCGACACAUCUUCUUCUUCCUGCUCCAGACCUAUUUCCCAGCCACUCUGAUGGUCAUGCUGUCCUGGGUGUCCUUCUGGAUUGACCGCAGGGCUGUGCCGGCUCGAGUGUCGCUCGGUAUCACCACGGUGCUGACCAUGUCCACCAUCAUCACUGGAGUCAAUGCGUCGAUGCCCAGGGUCUCCUACAUUAAGGCUGUGGACAUCUACCUGUGGGUCAGUUUUGUGUUUGUGUUCCUGUCUGUGCUGGAGUACGCUGCAGUGAACUACCUGACUACCGUGGAAGAGCGCAAAGAGAGGAAGCACAGAGAAAAGCAACUGCCUUGUACCUGUGGAAUGUCCCACGCCAGGACGAUGAUGCUGGACAGGACCUACAGUGAUUCUGACGCCAACAGCCUGGCCGGCUACACCAAAACACAAGUGGCUUCAGACGAGCAGGAGAAGAUGAUGGUCCAUCUCUCCAUGAGCAACGAGUCCACGGCAACCAAAAAGAAGGGCAUCUUGAGAGGUUACCGGGGAUUCCGGAUUAUAAAGAAUACGCACGCCAUUGACAAGUACUCCAGGAUGAUAUUCCCAGGAGCUUACAUAUUUUUUAACUUGAUAUACUGGUCCAGUUAUUGCUGAUCUCUCAUGACAGGGACCUGCAGAACAUUUCUCUUGGUAUUGGUAUCAGUUCCAUCUUGGAGGAAAGUGUAUGCUGGACCCACAGAAAGACUAAGCUGCUAAAGGAACUGACAUCAUUCCAGUUACCAAUCAACAUACACAGUGUUUUAAUGAUGGAUCUACCUCUGCUCUGGUAUUGUUUUAAUAGCACUACAGAAGGAAGAAGAAAAUCACUACAAUUUUAACAGAUAUCUAUGUGGACUCCAGGGCAAAAAAUCGACAUUUUCUGUAUGCCUUCUUUAUCAGUUUGAUUAAUUCCAAAAUAAUUUCGCAAAAAAAAUUUAUCAGUAACAUGGGUGAAAGUGGCCGAUGAUCUUUUUGACUGAAACUCCUGGGGCAACUCUUUUGGCUGGGCGUCUGCAUAGGCCCCCUGAAGUUCUGGGGUUGUACAUGCUCUCAGAUGCAUUCUCAGCCAUUUUGGGCCACUUUUUCAGAAGCUAAUUUGAACUUGACUGUAGAAAAAGAACUUCAGAAAUAACUUCACUUACAACUUGUCAUUUUACCAGAUGGACCAACCUGAUAAAUCACACAAGGAUAGUUAACAAGCAUCGUUUUUUAAAUGUUACUGAUCAAACCUUUUACACAUAUGCUCAAUUCACCUAAUUUAAGGAGUUUGACCAUUUUCAACAUUGAUAACUAAUAACCAACUCUAAAAUAAAACUUUUGCAUUAACAGUUUAUUUAACUGUAUAAUAACAAAAAUCUAAACGAAACUCACUUUGAGUGUAGAUAAGAUCUGGACCAGUAACCUUUCGUAUUCAGUAACACCAAGUCAGUUUUGGUAUCUAUAGGUGAGUGUUUCAUUCUAAAAGCAGUACAACAAUUCACUGUUUUAAUCAAUGUCAAAAGCAAUAUUAUUGUGUGUCACAAUUCUAGGCACCUAACUUUGUUAAAAAAUAGGGGGGCAAACUGAAGGACUAACUGCCGAGUAUAGGGAGACAAAUGUAUUUAUUUAUUUAUUUAUUUUAAUUAAGCUCACAGAAACCAAGCAAACCUUGCAGUUGUGAAGUUACAAUUUUAGUAAUUUCAAGCCUACAAAAUUAGGCAGGUUUUUCAGCAUAAAAUGUUGAAUAUGUACUUCCUGAGCACACAUUAAUUACAAAUACAUGUAAGUAAUGCCAAAUGACACAACCAGCACCAGUGGCAUCUCUGCACAGUGUGCACCUAGAAUCCAUCCCAAUACUUCAUUCUCAAGCAAAUGCAAAUACUUUAUUUUGCUGAAUAAAACAAUGAAGGACCAGUCAAGAGUUGUUUCUUGUUUUAUACCAUUAAAGUUGUCUUAUUCCUCUAAGAAACUGUGUCUUUGCCUUCGUUCUUACUUCUAAAUAUGAUCCAUUGCGUUACAGGGCAACGUUUACCCAUAAUAAAAUAACUUCAAACAAUAUUGUAACUGCUGCUACUGCAACCAAGUCAUUUCUAGCAAGCAUUAAAAUAUUUAUAUUCUUUACUUUAAAUAUUCUUUACACUUGGAAUCGUGUACAUUAUUUUAUAGCUUUAACAAGGGCUGACUGUGAGCAGAACGACCGGGAGAGCAUAAUCAAACAUUUUAAUUACCUCACGUUUUCAGAUAAGUGCCUUUUAAAGUAAGAUGACACUACUGUGGUUUGCAGUAUCCAAACUGCCCAGCAUCUUCAGUAUAGCUGGUUUAACAUUAGCUGUUGUAAAUAGUGCAGUGCAGACUAUGGCCCCUAGUAUUCAUCAAAGUGUCAGUUCCAAAAAUCGUUCUUAUGACUGGAUUUAAUAGGGUGUCCGCCUUUUCAAAAUGCAAA